GGCAUUUCCACAAGAAUGGGACUCGAAGGUCCCACAGACCUGUUUUUGGAGAAUACCUGACCCGGAAUCCAUCUAGUGUGGGGGACACAAAUUACGUUGAAGGUGAUUAUUUUUGGAGGCUGCAAAUUUUUACAAGAAUGAUAUUGUUGAAGCUCACUUUGGAUCAGAUGCUACUGAUGCAUCAUUAUAGCUUUGAAAACAUAACUUAAUAAAUUGCAUCAACUGGUGAAAAAAUAAAGCCGCCCCUUCCUGAGAUAAAAGAAACUUCUGUUCUCCAAUAACAGCACCUUGCACUUGUCACAAUGUCACACUAUAGAUUAGAGGACUUGUUCCAGAACUACUCAGAACUCAGUGGUAUUUCCGGUAACACCACCAUUCUCAAUUCAACUCUGAAUGACACUGGGCCUCACCAGCACUUUGCAAUUGAAGAAAUUCUCCUGAAUGUUCUUGGUCCUAAAAGAUCUUCCUUCUUCCUCCCUGUUUCCCUCACUUACCUCCUAAUCUUCAUAACAGGAGUGGCAGGCAACCUUCUUACCUGCACAGUGAUAGCCAAGCACCAGAAAAUGAGAACUCCCACCAAUCUCUAUCUGUUCAGCUUGGCUAUAUCUGAUCUCCUGGUUUUGCUCUUUGGAAUGCCUCUGGAGAUAUAUGACAUGUGGCAGAAUUAUCCUUUCCCUUUAGGUGAAGGAGGGUGUUACUUCAAAACUUUCCUUUUUGAGACGGUCUGCUUUGCCUCAGUGCUCAAUGUGACCGCUCUCAGUGUGGAGAGAUAUAUUGCAGUCGUUCACCCACUCAAGACCAAGUACGUCAUGACAAACACCCAUGCCAGGAGAGUCAUCACUACUGUUUGGGUGGUUUCCUUAAUCUGUGCUAUCCCCAAUACCUCUCUCCAUGGGAUUUACUACCUCUACCUCCCUAACAAGGAGAAGAUACCAGAGUCAGCCAUGUGCAGCCUGCUGAAACCCACAUGGAUCUACAAUCUUGUGAUUCAGAUCACCACUGUUUUCUUCUACUUCAUCCCCAUGACCAUAAUUAGUGUUCUCUACUUGAUCAUAGGCUGCCAUCUUAACCGUGAGAAAAAGUUCCCAAUUGGCAAGUUGGGGAAGAAUUGUAGCACUAAAACCAGCUGGAAGAUUCACUUAGAGAGUGGGAGACGAAGGCAGAUCACCAAAAUGUUGGCUGUAGUGGUAGUGGUGUUUGCUAUCUGCUGGGCUCCCUUUCACACGGACCGUCUGCUCUGGAGUUUCAUCACGCAGUGGACAGAUGUCAUGCACACUGUCUUCCAGUAUGUGCAUGUCAUUUCAGGGGUCUUCUUCUACUUGAGUGCCGCUGUCAACCCUAUUAUCUACAACCUGCUCUCCACCCGCUUCAGGGAACGCUUCAGGGAACUAGUGUGCAGCAACCAAGGCAGCACAGCCUCUCACAACAACUCCCCGGCCUUUUCCAAGAUCCUCAAGAGCACGUCUCUUAUUUACCAUGUCCCAGUGAAGCAAGAGGUGCCCAAGUACCUGCAGCCUUCCAUGAUUUCCCACCUGAGCUGGGAACAUGAGGAUGAAACCACAUAUAUGUAAAGCUGCAGAAAAAUGCUCUCUGUGUUUUUUUUUUUAUGUUUCAAGCCCACCGCUGGGUAAAGAAAAAUAAAACUGCUUACUGUUUCUUUACAGAGGAUCCAAAAAUGGACCUGAAGACUCUAGUGGAAUCUCACAAAAAGUGUAGAUCUCUGGGCCAAAAGAGAAAUUUCAGGGACCCUCCCCACUAAGAUUAUAUAAUAAUAUUUGUCAUGCUAUGUCAUGCUUGUGAUUCUUCAAAAGAAGACUUGCAUGGUGCACGUGGAACAUUCAGUAAGGUAAAAAAAUAUAUUUUUGCUCUCCAAAACCACAGCAAAGGUUUUUCCUGUGUUCCAGUAUUGGAUCAAGUUAGGUCAACAUAAGAAAUUUUCAUGCGCCAAAAAAGUCUUUCCCUAGUCCUUGUAACUAUGGCAUGUGAACCUUUAGCUCAAGGUACUUUUGAAAAUUAAUUCCACUGGAAUAUUCCCCAUGGGAAAUGCCUGUCAAAAUAUAUGUUUUUGAUUAUUAGUGACACUGCUAUGUCAAUUCUUCUCAUCUUGUGCUCAUCUUCUGAGCACUAGUUACAAUCUGUUCUAGACUGCUGCAUUCAGAAGAAAACAACACGAGUGUUAUAAAAGCGAAGAAAAAACUAGAAGAAAAGGAUAUACAUACGAAAUAUAAAAAAAUCCUUGCACAUUAUUUAGACUACUUAACCAUUCUUUAAAUAGUUUCAUCUCACAAGACUCAAAAGCGGCACUGGACUCUUUCUAUAAUGCCUACUGCCUGCUAGAUCCACCCAAUUUAUAUUUGUUUCUGUAUGAUGCUUAUCAGUCAUCUCAGAGAUGGAAUCAAUCACUACUCUUUUGCAAAACCUGAUUAUUAAAGCAUUUGUGGCACAUGGCUUUUCACUCUUAAAGACUGUCCUGUCAUUGUCCCUCUGGAGUCGCCACUACUGUAUGUCAUUGGCGAAAGUACUAAAAGCGUUCUACUGUAGUUUGUUUUUAAAUGUUCUGAGGUCUGACCCUUUAUUUUUUCGUUUCUGUUAGUUUCAAUACUAUUGCAAUUUUUCUGAUGGGCUGCUAGUUCCAACAAAGGAUACAAAUACAAGCUCUUAGGAACAUUUGCUUUGUUGACAGUGAAAUUAGGAUGUAAGUCCAUUAAACCACCAGAAAACACUGGACAGCAGUGACAAUAUCAAAAUGAAAUGCUAUAUACUGUAUUGUUUUUUCUUAUGUGUGCAAAUGUGUACUUACAUGUUACUGUAUAUUUGGGUACAUGUUUUUUAUUUGUGUGUUUAGAAAUGUUUUAUUUGAAAAUCUAAUGAUUUUUGCUGAAUCAAUGUAUGCCACUGUGAUGAUGAGUUUCUGAGAUAGCUUUUUAGCUUUCACUUGCCAGUAGUUUAUAUUUUAUUCUUUAUCUGGAGUAUUUGUAAUUUGCUUUCUUUUUACAAAACACCUUGGGAAUGCUAAUCUUAUGUCCACUGAUAUGAACAAACAAAAAACACACAGUGCAUAUCUGCUUAUUGCUGUUAUAAUGUUGAGAAUGUAUGCAUUUUAGGAUAACUUCUUGUAAAAUAUUCUGCAUAACCACCAGACCUCCUACAUGAAGAACAGACACAAUUGCUGCUUUAUUUAUCGAGUUGAAAUCUGUAUGUUGAAAACACUCUCACUGCCUUCUUCUGGUUCCCUAGAACUGGAAAGGUUCACCUAAACUGAGGCCCAUAUUAAACUACAACUUCAGCCCACCAGACAGUGAUAAAUAUUAAAUCUAAUGCCUGAUGGAAGCCUUUAAUACAAACAAAAGUUGCUGCUUUUACAAUUUUAUGAAUUGUGGGUGAGUCCAGAUGUUGAUUUCAAACUCAGCCUUAUUUGUUUACAGAUAAACAUUACUGUGACUUUAGUUUUGCAGUAUUACAGUGUAGAUGUUUAUUACAUGGUGGCUGAGUGCCAUUGUGAUAUACAGUAGUUCUAUAUUUUUCAAACCUGUUUCUGGAAUAUACUGUAUGUCUGCUAAAUAGUCCGUUAGAAACAUAGCUACUGUAUGUGGGGCUAUUACUUUUGUGAUCAUUGUAACUCAGUCCAAUGGUCUGGUUAGAACUGAAUGCACAAUGAACUUUUAAACGAGUCCAAAGUUAUUUAGAAGGAGUGCAGUUAAUAUAUAUCUGACCAUAGUUCUCAGAAUCUGAAUGUACCCUUUAUUGAUGACAGCUCAUUUAUUGGUGUUAUCAAGUGUUGUGAUUGUACUAUAUGUACACAUCUGUAAGAAGUUAUAAAUAAAUUACAUUCUUUACAAAGUCUGAUGAUUGAACAGGAAAAUGCAAAUGCAGUACACAUUCUUGAUUUGGAUAUCUUUGCACAGUGCAAACUAUGUAAUGCAAA